UAAUUACUUCCGCUUGUCAUAGGACACAAACAUGGCUGCCAUGUUGUGUCUCUAACGCUUGCCUCUCAAUGUUAAAUGUUGUUGCUAGUUAAACACUGCAAUACUUUAAAGUAUCAGGAACAGUUACUAACUAGGUCUUUACAGCUACCGCCAUGUUCCAGGUCAUCGGGGGACGGAGCGUCCAGGCUGCCCGGCUCCUCGCGCCCAGGAGCGCCGUGCUCGUGGAGGCUGUCCGGGGCCGAAAGUCCCGGACCGACCCGGUGGCCAAGUCCAAAGAAGGACGGAUUAAAGUGCCUUCACCCGUCGACCCGGUGGAGAUGGUGGUGCUCAAGGAGAGAUACUCGGAGUACGAGCUUAUUAUGAGGGCGCUUCGGAUGGAGUUCAGGGAGGGGGUGCUGCGCAAAAAGUACGAGGAGGAGAUGGGCUCCCAGGCUGAACAGAGGGCGAGGCAGGAAGAGGAGGAGCAUCGCGCCCUGAUGGACUGGAAUAAUCAGGAAAACCUGCGGAUACUGAAAGCCAGAGUAUUAAGGAUCCAACAGGAAGAGGAGGAAGCUGAGAGGAAGAAAAUGGAAGCCGCCAUUCGGCGGGAACAGGAGCAGCAGGAGUUCAUCAGGCAAAAAGAGGAAGAGAUUUUGAAGCUGCAGGACGAGGCUAAGAACUUCGUCACCUUGGAAAACCUGGAUCAGCGAAUCGAGGAGGCGCUGGACAAUCCAAAGAAUUACAACUUUGCCAUCGACAAAGAGGGGAAAGUGGUGAAAAGGACGGUGAUGCAGUGAAACGGCCGAGUUCACGUCUGUGUGUGUGUGUUUUUUUUUCCUCCAUCAAGACUCGGAUCAGACUUCUGUCAUCCAUUUAAUGUUUUCUGAAAACCACUUCAUGCCUCCACCUGGAAGUGUAUAUUAUUGUAAAAAAAAAAAAUUCUUUUUCCAACAUAAAAGUAUAAAAACGUGAUGUGUAGCAUACGCAUCAGACUUUAUUAAUUUCUAAAUGUUAACCAUGUUCUGUCAGAAUAUGUCAGAAAGUUAUUUGUAAAAUAAUUCUGACAUAUUCUAAUAACUGUGUUAGGAAACACAACUGCACAAAAUGCAACGUUUUCUCUUUUUGUUCUGGUUUUGUCAGUUUCUUUGGUCCUAUUUUAUAAUUUGGAGAAUAUUAGUGAACAUCUUCAAGACAAAGAAACAACAGACAUAGAGGAGCUUACAAACUGAACACUUUCUGAAUAAUCAUGAAAAACAACUUAAGUUCUUGUAUUAAAAAACGUUUUCUUGAAGUUUAGCUUGGCAACGGAACCCAAACACUUCCUGCAGUUCUGCUGUUUGGAUGCUAUGACCUCAAACCAACACGGACCAGCUCAUGUUCGACAACUCGUCUGCUAAUCUUCCAUCAGCCUAGGUUAGCAUGUUUAUGGGAUGAGGGUGAUUUGAGGUAAACUUCCAGAAACCUGCCUCAGCCUCUGAGCAAAUCAAUAACAGCUUUAAUCCCAGGUAGUCGAUGAGAACGGGACUAGAAACACUUUCAUUUUGUAUUUAUACAUUAGACGAAUCUAAACUGGAUUAGAAUUACUUCUUCUCAGGUGGAUAACAAUACUGCUGCUUCAUACUGCCAUUAGUAAGCUGGUGUGAAGCUGUGCACACGGUUAAUGUGAUUGGUAAGAGAGGUUAAUGGGAUUGCCCCUCCGUGGCUACUGGAGACUGGGAUAAUCAGUGGAUUGGGAUGAACCCAUAAACACCAGAGGAACUCACACAGUCAGAACAUCACUCAUGUUUAACCACAUUCUGAUAUCUGAAGAUGGGGUAAAAACAGAAAACUGAUUAUAUGUAUAUAUAAAAUGCAGAAUUAUCAUUCAAUUGAGCUUUAUUUGAUGCAAGUGUGGUUGCACACAUAUAUAACCACACUUGUUAUAUAUAACAAGUGUGGUUAUAUCAGCAAUACAUACACACAUCUUCGUUAGUUUUUUCUGCUAAUGCAGAGGAACGUCUGUGACUACGAGGCUGAGCUAAACCCAGCCUGGAACGACGCACGGCUUUGAACUGGAGAGAAAACUUGCUGAUAAACUACUGGAAAUAAAUACAUUCACAAAAUAUCGCAGCAGUUCUAACAUACAAGAAGCUCAAAUUUGCAUAACCAAAAUUGGGAUGGGAGACAGAAAACCCUGGAUGUUUUUGUAAAGGCUUAAAUCGUGUUUAAAUCACAUUUACUGAUCAAAUUGUAGCAAAAUGCUCACUGGAGUAAAACAACAAGUCAUUGUUCUACAGUACAUACAGUUUGGUGGCAUUAGUACACUGAUAAAACUGCAUCUUGGUAAAUUUGUUCCCUUCCUGGGGUUACAGUGCCUUGAAAAAGUAGUUCUACCAUUUCAUUUUUCUUUUUGAAACCACAAACUCAACCAGAUCUCGGGGGCUUUGGGUCAUGUUUCGGUUGCUUAAAACAAACUAAAUAUGAGUGUAUUGGGUUCCAUGUUUGGACUCUGCAUACUAAAGGCAAAUAAAUCUUGUUAUACGUUUAAUACCAAAACAUUAAAGCUUCAUUCAGGCCUUGCAACUAAAACAUUCAAUAGAGGAUUGUACAUCGUGUCAAACAUCGACUGUAAAACUAAAAUCUGAAUUUGUAAAAAA